GAGUAGACGAUAGGGGCUGAGGGAGGAUGCGAUGUUAAGAGGCUUGUAGGGGGUAGGGAGCGUGGACAGUAUCAGCCGCUGCCUCCCUGCCUUGUAGGCAAAGCAAAUCAAGCCGUGUCACUAGCCGCUUGUGAUUGAUGCUGCUGAAGCAGAGAGAGCACAGCGCUUUGCCCUCCCCUCACGUUUGGCACAGGGAGGAUCCUUGCAUUGUUAGGCAGAAGGCUCCCACCUGGGAAGGGCUGGUCAGCUUCGGGAUUGCUGACAGCUCUUGAGAAGGGCUGACACUUUCCUACCCCACCAGGUCCAGCCACUUUCUGACUGUAAGAAGAACCUGCUGGUGUGUACGUGGAGCCUCUGCUGCAUUUGGGGAUACAGCAGACAGGGAGAAAGGGCUUGGUAGCUGUUUUGUCACUGAGGAAACCAGCUGGGAGGCAGCAGCUUGUCAGAGUUGUUCCUGGGUUCACCCCCAUGCUCUGAAGAGGAUCUCCAGCACCUCAAUUGGUACGGUAAGCGUCAAUAGGUGUCUCACCAGCUUGUGGCUGUGUCCUCAAUCGGUCCCCACAGGGUCCUGUUGAAUCCCCUGCCCUGUGUAGGGUGUCUCCUGGCUCCUUAUCCAGGUUACUUGCCGUAACCCCUGGCGCUCAUAGUCCUUGCCCGCUCCCAAUAAUAAAGAGAAAGUAAAGGGGGGGAGGAAGGGUUUUCUUUCUUUUCUUGUGUCUUGGCUCUCCGCCGCUAAUUACCUCAUUAGUGACUUGUUACGGGCAAUGCCCAGUCUCUUUUGCUGCUUGCUGUGCUGGUGUGUGGAUAUGGGAGUUCACCCAUGGUCAGGUCCAUGGAUCUCUGCCCCAGCUUCCCUCUCCCCUCGAGUUCUGGGUGCUGGGCCAGGUCUCUUCAGGGGUCUGGGCUGGUGAUUCAUCCCACAACUGGGCAGUAAGCAUUAGGGGCUAUAGGCUCUACAGGCAAGAUAGAGAAGGAAAGAAGGGAGGGGGCGUAGCGCUCUAUGUCAAAGAGCAAUUCACAUCCUCUGCCAGCAAAAUGGGGUCGGAGGAGGGACAAGCUAAAGUGCUUUGGGUCGUGGGGAGAGGGAUGGAAUGGUGGGGGUCUACUACAGACCCCCCAACCAAGGGGAGGAGCUGGACCGGGAAUUUUCGGGCCAGCUUGCAGAGGCACUUAAGGCAAGGGAUGUAGUUGUCAGGGUAAUUUAGAUCACCCAUGACAUCUGCUAGGAGGAGCAGUCAGCCAGGUUGGACCAAUCCAGGAGGUUCCUGGCCGAGAUACAGGACCUCCACUUAACACAGGAGGUGCACAGUCGCACCAGAGGAAAUGCCCUGUUGGACCUGGUCCUGGCCACAGGCGAUGAUCUGGUAAGGGGGCUGCAGGUCCUUGACCACCUGGGUGAUAGCGAUCAUCGCUUGCUGGAAUUCAUCAUCCAGUGCAGGGUGACAAGGGCCUGCAGCAAGGAGGUAGCCCUAGACUUCAAGAGGGCCAACUUCAAGGAGGUGAGGAGAUUGGUGGGAGAGGCGCUGGGGUUCUCGAGGGCAGGGGAACUGAGUGCCCAAGAUGAGUGGUCAUUCCUUAAGGAAACCAUAUUCAGGGCCCAAGAGGUGACGAUCCUAACUAGAAGCAAGGGGGGCAAGAGUGCCCAAAAGCCUCCCUGGCUCACCAAGGACAUCCGGGAAUGCCUGGUUGCCAAAAAGGCAGCGUACACCCGGUGGGAAGCGGGGGAGAUCUCCAAAGAGGAGUAUACCUCCACUGCUCAGGGCUGUUAGGAAAGCUAAGGCAGACAUAGAGCUAGGACUAGCGUCCAAGAUCAAAGAUAAUAAAAAGUCCUUUUUCAAAUAUAUAGGGAGGAUGAAGAAGGCACCGAGAAAUGUGGGGCCCCUGCAAGAUAAGCUGGGCAAUCUGGUGGUCAUGCCAGAGGAGAAGGCAGACCUCUUUAACAAAUUCUUCACCUCCAUUUUCUUGUGCAGGGACAGGGACUCCCCCACCGUGAUUCAAGAUGGACUCGAGGGGAAUGCCUCAAGACUUAAGGUUGAGGAGGACCGGGUUAGAGUGCUACUGGAGGGGCUGGAUGUGUUCAAAUCAGCAGGUCCAGAUGCUCUCUACCCCAGGGUGUUGAGGGAGCUAGCAGGGGUUAUUCCAGGGCCCUUGGCAUGGCUUUAUGAGUGCUCAUGGUGCUCGGGCCAGGUGCCAGAUGAUUGGAAGAUAGCCAGUGUGGUCCCCAUUUUUAAGAAAGGGAGGAGGGAGGACCUGGGCAACUAUAGGCCUGUCAGUCUUACCUCAAUCCUGGGGAAACUCUUUGAGAAGAUCAUCAAGGAGCACAUCUGUGAUGGGCCGGCAUCGGGGAUGAUGCUCAAAGGCAACCAGCAUGGUUUCAUUAGGGGCAGGUCAUAUCAGACCAACCUGAUAGCCUUUUAUGAUCAGGUCACAAAAGCAUUGGAUACAGGUGUCACCAUGGAUGUAGUCUUUCUGGACUUCAGCAAGGCCUUUGACACUGUCGACCACCCCAUCCUCAUUAAAAAACUAGGUGACUGUGGCAUCAAUGCCUACAUGGUCAGAUGGAUUGUGAAUUGGCUGAAGGUUUGUACUCAGAGGGUGGUGGUGGACGGGUCAUAUUCGACCUGGGGGGAGGUGGGCAGCGGAGUCCCCCAGGUCUUGCUCCUUGGGCCCACGCUGUUCAAUUUCUUUAUCAGCGAUUUGGACAAUGGGGUGAAAAGCAACCUGUUCAAAUUUGCUGAUGAUACCAAAAUAUGGGGAGAGGUGGGCACAUUAGCAGGGAGGGAAAGACUGCAGAAAGACCUGAAUAGGUUGCAAGGGUGGGCUAACAAAAACAGGAUGCGUUUCAAUACGGACAAGUGCAGGGUGCUGCACUUGGGCAGUAGUAACCAGCAGCACACUUAUAAAAUGGGGAAACUCCCUUCUUGAGAGCAAGGAGGCAGAAAGGGAUCUUGGAGUCAUUACUGACUCCAAGAUGAACAUGGGCCGACAAUGCGAGGUCACAUUCGGCAGGGCUAACCAGACCUUAUCGUGCAUCCACAGGUGCAUCUCAAGUAGGGCCAAGGAGGUGAUCCUCCCCCUCUAUGCGACACUGGUCAGGCCACAGCUGGAGUACUGUGUCCCGUUCUGGGCACCCCACUUCAAGAGGGAUGUGGACAACAUUGAGAGGCUCCAGAGGAGGGCCACCCACGUGAUCUGGGGACUGUAGGGCAGACCCUACAACGAGAGGUUACGGGACCUGAACCUGUUUAGGCUUCAGAAGAGAAGGCUGAGGGGUGACCUGGUGAGACUGUCUAUAAACUCACUAGGGGGGACCAGAAGGGUUUGGAGGAGACCUUGUUUCCCCUAGCGCCCCCAGGAUAACAAGGAAUAAUGGCCACAAAUUGUUGGAGAGUAGGUUUAGAUAAGACAUCCUUUGGAGCUACUUCACAGUUGGGGCGGCUAAGAUCUGGAACCAACUUCCAAGGGAAGUGGUGCUGGCUCCUACCCUGGGGGUCUUUAAGAAGCGGCUUGAUGCCUACCUGGCUGGGGUCAUUUGAGCCCAGUUUUCUUCCUGCCCAGGCAGGGGGUUGGACCUGAAGAUCUGCAAGGUCCCUUCCGACCCUAUUUCUAUGAUUCUAUGACCCCCAACCCCUUUGGCUUCCGAGUUGCCUUGCCGCGUCCCUGCGCGAAGCUGCGGCUUCUCCCCGCAUAGCAGCUCCAUUCUCCCCAGACUUGCCACCGCUGCCGUGUGCUCCUGGUGGGGUGCUGGUCCUGGGCUCAGGAGUCCCUUCAGAUCCUUCUUUGUGAGAGUCCCCAGCAGCUCCUCUCUUCUCUGGUGGUGCCUGAAGGCAACUUUCCCUGGGCAUCGUCCUCUUCAUAUACCCGGGCGCCGAGCCCCAUUGGCUCUCCUUCGGCGUGGGGCAUCUCCUCACCCCUCUAGGCCAUAAUCACUACCAGCUGUGAGAUCCUUCAAGUAACAGGCUUUCAGUCAGGAACCCUGGUACACUCAGCAUAGAGGAAUUAAAAUUUAAUGUGCAUUACCUAAAGUGCAUUAAUGAAUGUGUAUGUGUCAGAAUGCCACCUCUCUCUCUCUCCCCAGAAACUCUGCUAUGUGACAAUUUGGUUAACAUGGUCACUGCAAAGGGAAGACAUCUCAUGAGCUCUUUAGGUAACCCUGAAUUAUAACCUGAGUUGGAUACAUUCCUGAGGGAGUGGGGAAACCUGCUCCCUCUGCCUACAUGAGUGGCAUCACAUACCUGGGUGAGAGGCUUGGGCUCCCUAUUGUUUUGAGUAAUGUCAGUCUACCUGUCAACCAGUGAUGCAUUUCAAGUUGGUUUGCUAGCAGCCAACAGGUGCUGGCCUCCAUUGGACCAGGUAAAUGAGAUCAUAAGCUUUAUAUAAAUUAAGGACUGCCCAGGAGGAAGAGCAGCAGCCAUGAUGAAAACUCAGAGAAAGAAGAGCUGGACCAUCUGAAACUUGCUCUUUCUCUUGAAACUCAUGACCAAUGAACUGCCUGCCUCCAGAGGGAAUCUACACCUGCCUUUGGAUGAUAUUUGUGAGUAAGCUACCUGAGAUCUAACUAGAUAUAUAGCUUGCAGUAACUCAGAUGCAUAAUCAAAGGUUACCCAGCCAUGCCAGUUUGCUCUAUGGGAUUUCUCUGAUAUUUUUCUACUCUGUAUCUUAAUUCCAAACCUACCUCUUGUAACCAAUAAAGUUCUCCUUUGUACCUA